CAGAUUUAUUCCAAGUAUUUUUUAGUGUCUACAGAUUAACCAGUAGCUUCACCAACGACACACACCUCCAAUGGCGGCUGUUGCCUCACACUGUACUGCAUUUCGCACACCAAUUCGCUUACAUGACCUUGUUCCUAAAGCUGAUUUGGGUCUUUAUUCUGUAAGAUUUUCAUCAAACCCCAAUAGGAGUCUUGCUGUCUAUGCUUUGAAUGCUAAUGGCGAUGACAAGCACCAAAACGAAGCCGUUGUCUCCGUCUCAGACCCUCCUCUCGCGGUCGCUGCUAAUCCUACCACAAAUCCUAAGGUUAAACGUCACACAAUUUCGGUAUUUGUUGGUGAUGAAAGUGGGAUGAUAAACCGAAUUGCUGGGGUAUUUGCUAGGAGAGGGUACAACAUUGAGUCCCUUGCAGUGGGUCUUAACAAGGAUAAGGCCCUCUUCACUAUAGUUGUAUCUGGAACUGAAAGGGUGCUACAACAAGUUAGGGAACAGCUUCUGAAGCUCGUGAACGUAUUAAAGGUUGCUGAUAUUUCACAAGAGCCACAAGUGGAACGGGAGUUAAUGCUUAUCAAAAUCAGUGCCGAUCCAAAAUAUCGAGCAGAGGUGAUGUGGCUAGUGGACAUUUUUAGGGCGAAAAUUGUAGACAUCUCAGAUAAUUCGCUAACAAUUGAGGUUACAGGAGAUCCAGGGAAGAUGGUAGCUGUGCAAAGAAAUCUGAGUAAAUUUGGAAUCAGAGAGAUUGCUAGGACAGGGAAGAUUGCCUUGAGAAGAGAAAAGUUGGGUGAAUCUGCUCCCUUCUGGAGGUUCUCGGCCGCUUCAUAUCCAGACCUUGAGUCAGCAAGGCCUGCUGCUACUGUUUCAAGAACUGUGAAGGGAACACUUAGCAGAGAAUCUGAUACUUCUGCCGGGGGAGAUGUUUACCCUGUGGAGUCCCCUGACAGCAUUUCUAUCAAUCAAGUUCUCGAUGCUCAUUGGGGAAUGUUGGAUGGUGAAGAUACUAGUGGGCUCCGCUCUCACACGCUUUCCAUGGUUGUCAAUGAUGUUCCUGGAGUCCUUAACCUCGUCACAGGUGUUUUUGCUCGAAGAGGAUAUAAUAUCCAAAGUUUAGCUGUUGGUCAUUCUGAAGUAGAGGGGCUUUCACGCAUUACCACUGUUGUUCCUGGUACAGAUGAAUCGAUAGGAAAGUUGGUGCAACAACUGUAUAAAUUGGUGGAUCUUCAUGAGGUUCGAGACCUCACACAUUUACCUUUUGCCGAGAGGGAAUUGAUGUUGAUCAAAAUUGCUGUGAAUGCUGCUGCUCGGCGGAAUGUUCUCGACAUAGCUAGUAUAUUCAGAGCGAAAGCUGUUGAUGUAUCUGAUCACACCAUCACCCUCGAGGUCCCAUCAGCCAGUGAAAAUGUGAAACGUUUUGUCGUAAAUGACUUGCGGCUCACAGGAGAUCUGGACAAAAUGGUUGCUUUGCAAAGGUUGUUAGAACCAUACGGCAUUUGUGAGGUUGCUCGAACUGGUAGAGUGGCACUUGUACGAGAAUCAGGAGUUGAUUCAAAGUAUCUUCGUGGAUACUCAUUUCCACUCUAAUUCUGGGUCACCUUGAAAAUGCUUUUGCAAUGGUGAUGUUAUUAUCCUCUUUAAAUUGAGAAUCCACUCAACCUUUGGUCUUUGAAGAUGGAUAAAAGAUUCAAUUUUGAUGCCUAAGUUGUGUGUGUGACAUUUUCUUUUUCUCCAAUGCUCUUCUAACAACUAUUGUAGCACUUGGUUUGUGAAUUUAUGGGAAUAUAUAUCAGCUUUUAUGGGUUUUCUAAAUGUGAUGUAUGUAGGCCUGAUUGGAUUAUGUCGUCAUUUUUUACCAGGUAAUUUUUUUUAACUCAAA